AUUUAUCAUAGUUCCUUUGCAGUCGCUUGAAUUUCAUAUCUUUUCUUUUUCUCUUUCUCUCAUCGAAUUUAUACAAUUUUCUUAAGUUUAAGUUAAGGUGUGAAAAAGGGAAUUUUUUACGUGCUCAGUUGUACAUAACGUUACUUUGCUCCUCGCCUUCAACUAAUCUUAUCAACCCAGAAUGGCUCACUACAAGGGAAAAGCAAGUGAAGCUGGCAGAGCCAUGCACUUAAUGAAGAAAAGAGAGAAAGCUCAAAUGGAGAUUGAAUAUCGGAAGAAGAAAAUUGAAGAAGACUUGAAGUUGACCAAAAUUGAAAACAAAUUUGCCGCCCACUAUGAUGCUGUUGAGCAGCAACUGAAGAGCUCUACAAUAGGUCUUGUGACUUUGGAUGAGAUGAAAGCGAAACAGGAAAACAUAGUGAAAGAAAGAGAAAAGAAGUUGGCCCAAAAAAUUGCAGAAAAGGAGAAGGAAAAGCAAAGACAGCUUGAAGAGAAGCAAGCAGAAAAAAAUCGACAAAAAUCACAGAUAGCAGCUUUAUCUUUCACGUUAGACGAGGAAGAAGAGGAAGGCGAAGAAGAUGAAGAAGAAGCUGAGACUUCAGUUUGCAUUAAGAAAGAGCCAGAGGCGGAAGGCAGCGGUGAAAGUGCAGAGAUUGAGAGAACUGAAAAAAUCAAAGAAGAGCCUCAGUCUGGAUCUGAUGAUGAAGGAGAAUUUUUGUGCCCUGUAAAGAAGAUAAGAAAAAAUCCAGAUGUAGACACCAGUUUUCUGCCAGAUCGAGAAAGAGAGGAAGAAGAAAAUAGACUGCGAGAAGAAUUGAGACAGGAAUGGGCAGCUAAGCAGUCUUCUCUAAAGGAAGAAGAAAUAGAGAUCACAUUCAGCUACUGGGAUGGCUCUGGACAUCGUAAAACACUUAGAAUGAAAAAAGGUAAUUCUGUCUAUCAGUUCCUUCAGAGAUGUUUGGAGCUUCUAAGGAAAGAAUUCAGUGAAUUGAAAACUGUAACAGCAGAUCAGCUAAUGUAUGUGAAAGAAGAUCUCAUUCUCCCUCAUCACUACACUUUCUAUGAUUUCAUUGUCACCAAGGCAAGAGGAAAGAGUGGCCCCUUAUUUACGUUUGAUGUUCAUGAUGAUAUCAGAAUGAUGAGUGAUGCUAGUGUGGAAAAGGAAGACUCGCAUGCUGGAAAAGUUUUACUAAGAAGUUGGUACGAGCGGAACAAGCACAUAUUCCCUGCAAGUCGGUGGGAGCCUUAUGAUCCGACCAAAACCUAUGAAAAAUACUCCAUCAAAGAUAAAUCAGCAAAAAAGCCGUAGUUUUUACUUUGUUAUCACUGCCUAAAUUUUUUUUUUGCAAGAGCUCUCCUAAACUGCGACAAUAGCUGAAUUAUUAUAACAGAUAUUCCCAGGCAUAAAAUUGGGAAAAAAUCCCUGACACAUGAAAUUCCAAGCAAUCGAAUGAAUGUAAAUAGAGUAAUUUUUAUAACUGGAGCACAUUUUGUUGUAAAUUUUCAAUUUAAUUGAAGUUUCACCAACCAACGAAAAAUUAAUGAAGAUCAUUGUUUCCUGAUUUUAAUAGAAAUUCAGGAAUUUUCUGCUCAUUUUGGUCCUACAGUUUUAUUGUUACUUUGAAGGAUCUACAUUUCGGUGACUUAACCGAUGGUCCACUGAAAUUUCAGUGUCCACUCAGACAAAGCAGUAAGACGACCGAAAAAUUCACUUUACAGCCUCACUUCUCUCAACUUUGACACACAUAAAGUCCGAUUUUAAAAUCUUAUUGUGCUCAGGAAGUUGCUCAGACAAUCAAAUGAAAUAACUACAAAGUUGAGCCAGAGCUGAAUUCUUUGAUAUUCCAAGUAGGGUUGUUUACUCUUCAGAAACAUUUUGGUGCAGCAAUGGGAUUGAGUACAGCAUACACUGUAUGAAAUGGGUCCGUAUGAUUUUUUGAAUUGGGGAGAAUGAUCGAUCCUUCAAUAAGCGCCUAAAUUUCAGGACGAUGAGAGUGCAAAUCACCUAGCACAUUGAGUGUCCUUGCUAUCAUUACAAAAGGAGUGAAAGUGUUCAAAAAUUGUGUAUGUAAUGAACUUGUAUGUGUGUAAUUUUAUGUAACUUUUUAUUAAUAAACUAGAAAAUUAUACAUAUGUCUA